AUGAUUAUAAAAACAUCUUCACCAAGUCCAUCUCUUACUUUUUCAUAUUCAUUAAAUUCAUCGUACUUCUCACCAUUAAACUUGAUUGAAAAUCCGGACAAAUAUUAUGAAGUUGGAAAAUGGCAAGCAUUCGUCCGAGAGGACGAGUCAAUUACUGAAAUAAAUAGUAUCGAUAUUAACAAUGUAAAAAAAAAUUCAACAAAUGAUGAUGUAUUUGAUGAUGGAAUUGAAUUAACUUAUCAAACAUUUCAAUACAAAUCAGGUUCAUCAACAUUAAAAACUUCCUUAGCGGUCAAUCCCGCAGCAUCCGCAGUCCUACAUGAUGACUUACUAUUAAAUUUAAAUCGCAUGAACGAUGAUGAUCUUCAACAUAAAAAUUCUUUUUCCUUACCAACACCAACUACAACAAAACCACUUGCACCGAUUUCAAUUCCAGCAACACCUUCAUCUUCGACUGUAUCAUUAUUAGCUUCAUCACCCGGUUCUGAUAUACAAUUUGAUCGAGAUAAUUCAAAUGUUUGGAAAAUUUUCCUAUUUUCUUAUGCACGAGGAAAUUUUAAUCCUUUAAUUAUACCAAAGAAACCGACGAAACUAAAUCUUCAUAGAAGAAAUAAAAAUGUUAGUCAUUAUAGAAAAAUGAGCAUUCACACUAGUCCAUUAAAUACAGAGUGUAAUUUGGAUGAUACAAAUCAUUCUUUAACUGAAGCCUUAUUAAAAAGUGAUAACGAAAUUGAAAAAAAUAAUGAUAAAACUAUAACCCCUGAUAAUGUUAAAGAUAUUAUAAGUGAUAAAGAUUUUGAUAAUAAUGAAUGGAGAAAUAGUAACGCUCAACACAUGGAAGAAUAUUCGUUUAAUGAGCAUGAUACGAAUAUUCGAAAUUUUUUUUAA